AUGGCGGACAUCUCCGCCACGCCCAGCAGCGAAAAAAUGGCCAAUCCGAUCACCGACUACUCUGCCGAUCCCGUCACUCUCGACGACGACCUCGGCCUGCGCCCUCGCGCCCGCGCCGUCUCCGGCCUGCGCCCCUGCGCCCGCGCCAUCUUCGGCUCAGCGCCGCCCAUCAUCCAGCUCGCCCUCUCCAUCGCCACCUCCAUCUUUGUCGUCACCGUCGACUUUGUCCACUACUUUCUCACUGCCGCCCGCCGGCUCGUUGUGUGCGCUCGCGAGCGGUUCACCGCCGCUUGCGCUCUCUCUGCGGCCUGCGUGGCUCGCGCCAAGACUCGCGUCGCUUUCGGCUCCGGAGUCUACUGCGUUUUCACCAUCCUGCUCACCGUCAUCCUCGCCGUCGCUGUUUCUGGACCAACACCAGUGCCAGUCCCCUCAGAGCCGCUUCCAGACAUGAUCUCCAUCAACGGCGCCUGCCAUUUUGCGCUCACCAGCUCCUCUGCGUCGGCACAGCCUCCAGGACGGCCGCCAGGCGCUCCCGGAAGGCAGACCGAUGGAUGGUUUACAACCGUCGUCACAGCCGAGCUCUCCGCCAGCGCCUCCGCCACCAGCGCCGUCGCCGCCGCCGUCACCGUCGAGUACUCGAGUCUCGCUUCCGUCAUCGAGAGUGACAACUCACAUCGCACAGCCAGUGCCUCACGCUUCAGCUUUCAUAGCUUUACCUCCGGCUCCGCGCCGCGCUUCGCCUCCGUCAAGGGCGACCUCGGCCUGCGCCCUCGCGCCCGCGCCGUCUCCGGCCUGCGCCCCUGCGCCCGCGCCUUCUCCGGCUCCGCGCCGCGCCUCGCCUCCGUCAAGGGCGACCUCGGCCUGCGCCCCUGCGCCCGCGCCUUCUCCGGCUCCGCGCCGCGCCUCGCCUCCGUCAAGGGCGACCUCGGCCCGCGCCCUCGCGCCCGCGCCGUCUCCGGCUCCGCGCCGCGCCUCGCCUCCGUCAAGGGCGACCUCGGCCUGCGCCCUCGCGCCCGCGCCGUCUCCGGCCUGCGCCCCUGCGCCCGCGCCUUCUCUGGCUCCGCGCCGCGCCUCGCCUCCGUCAAGGGCGACCUCGGCCUGCGCCCCUGCGCCCGCGCCUUCUCCGGCUCCGCGCCGCGCCUCGCCUCCGUCAAGGGCGACCUCGGCCUGCGCCCCUGCGCCCGCGCCUUCUCCGGCUCCGCGCCGCGCCUCGCCUCCGCCAAGGGCGACCUCGGCCUGCGCCCUAGACAGCACUCCCCACAGCAAAAGAGCAGACGUGCCGCUGUGAGCAUCGCUGAGCAGCACCAACGACCGCUUGCGGGGUCGCCGCAGGCCGGCGCCAAGCUGCAUCUGACGCCGGCAUGCCGUUCAAACCCCGGCACCAAGCGCCCGCGGGAAUGGGAGACCGCCUGCCCAGAAUUAAGAUCGGCCGCGCACUGCUCUGGCUCCACCAUGCCACCGCCCAUGAGAUCUCUGACGCACGUGUGA